AUUAUACGAGUAAAGAAACAAGAUGUGUAGUUUGUUUUUUAAGUGCUCGUUGGAAGUGAUGCACUGAUCUUGUCGGUAAAAUGAGUUAGUUUUCUUCCGUAUUCAAGCAUUGGUGGACUUAGUUGGGAGGAUAAAUUGUAAUAAAUUAGACGUAGGAAUAUGAUCAUGGAUGUGACCUGACUAUAGUAUCGGUAACUUACCAUCGAGUAUGCGAUCGAGAUCAUAUUUGCAGUCACAAGGUCAAAUUAAUUUAUGUUUGUUUUGAGUUAAUAGUUUUAAUCAUGGAGGAAAGAAACAAGAUGUGCCUUUUGUUUUUUCUAGUGCUCUUUGGAAGUGAUGCAUCUGGCCUCUGUUUUUCUCAUUGCAUUGAACCCGGAUUUAUAUUUGCAGAGAUGCCCUUGAUUCCUUGCUGUUGGUUUGCUACUGCUGCAGAAGGAUGUUGAUGACCCACGUCGAUCUGAUUGAGAAGCUCCUAAACUAUAACAGUCUCUCUCUCUCUCUCUCUCAUAUGUGUCUGCUUGUCGUUUCACUCUUAUGCAUACUUUUAAAUGGAUAGAUAUCUUACUAAUGACAUCAAUUUGAUCGUGAAGAGAAUUUUUCUUGAAUGCUACCUCUUAUGAAAGAACUGUGUUAUGUAUAUAUAUGAACUUCUGCCAUGCCAUUGCUAUUGUGGUUGAUUCAGCCAUUAUGUGCUACUCUCUGAAUGAUGCUAACUAUUCAAACUAAACCGAUUUUCUUUAAUUGGCAGCUCUAGAGAAAUACGAAGGCAGUUGAUGUUUUCUGCACUUCGCAAGUGAUGUUGGUCUUAGUUGGGACGAUAAAAUUGUGAUAAAUUAGGUGUAGAAAGAUGAUCUUGGCUGUGACAUGUGGUAACUUGCCAUCGAGUAUGCAUUGGGCAUCAUAUUUGCAGUGUAAAGAUCAAUUUAUUUAUGUUAAUUUGAAGGGGUAAUUUAGACGUUUGAUAAAUAGUUAGAGGGAAAUAAUAUUAAAAAGCACAUAAAUAAGUAAAAAUAUCAUAAAUCCCUUAUUACGAAAAAUACGCAUACCUCGAUCCCAAAUUACGAAAGGUCAGCGAAUUGAAUCUCUAAUUACGAAAGGUCAGCGAAUUUAAACUCUUUUUCCGAAAUUUCUCCUCUAUCAAUCGGCGGAAUUGACUCGUGCAUCGCCACCACGCUUUCCGCUCUGCCUCGCCACUCAUCCAUCUCCCUUCCUCUGCCGGUCUGCUCGCCCGGAGAAGACAGCCGAGGAAUUUGGUCCCUGCCACGGCGGCUACCCGCCAUGAUCAAACGCCGUCGUCUCCUGCAGCAGGUCGCUGGUCCGGAUUCGUGGGCAGCGUCGCGCGCCCGCUGACUCGCAGCCUUGCCGCCGCCUCCGCCGCCUGCUGCGCGAGCCCGUCGCCGUCAGCCGGAUUUCAGUCACCGCUUCAUCUAUCUCCUUUCUCAUCACCUAAUUCUCCGUCUACACUUUCUCUUUGCAGCUGUGACACACCCAUAUUCUGACAGUCCUCUCCGGCGCUGCCGAUCAUUUCCAGCCUCUGUCGACGAGCACGCAUUCAUGGUAUGAGAUUCCUAAACAAAAUCGCCCACGCAUAUCACUCUUUAUUCCCAGGUGGGCCGUUUACCGCCUCGAUACAAAUCCGUUUCAAGAAGCCCGCAAACACUGCCCAGACUCGUCUUGAAACCCGAACCCUCGACUCAAAGCUCGACCGCCUCGCCUCCCACCACAGCCGUCUCCUCCUCGUCCUCGGUCUCUACGACGUAGUCGCUGCCAAGAAACGCGGCCCCUACGUCUCUGUCAACCUCCUCUCCCGCUGGGCAUUGCAUGCUGGGGUCGAAACCCUCACUGCCGGCGAGAUCCUCCGCAAAUACCCUCACGUUUUCAAGGUGUUCACGCACCCAGUGAGGAGGAACGCGUGCUGCACAUUCACUUCAAAAUUCGUCGAAUUGUUGAAGCUGGAAUAUGAGAUCUUGAUCACCAUGGAGGAUGAGAAUGUGAUUAAGAUCAGAAAGAUCUUAGCCAUGUCUGAAAAUGGGAGAGUUCACAUACACGCGAUCAGAUUGAUGAGACGGGAAUUGGGGUUACCUGAAAAUUUUAGGGAUUCGAUAAUCAGAAAGCGUAGUGACUUAUUCAGAUUGGUAGAUUUAGAGGUCGUAGAAUUGAUCGAAGGGACGGUAAGCUUCAUAGCAGAGGUGGAGAAAUGGAGGGAGAGAGAAUACAGGGAGAAAUGGCUGAGCGAAUUCGAGACGAAAUACGCAUUCCCCAUUAGCUUCCCAACAGGGUUUAAGAUAGUUGCGGGGUUUAAGGAGAAGCUGAAGAACUGGCAGCGCCUUUCCUACCUGAAGCCUUACGAAAGGAUGGAAAGCAUCAGUGUUCGUGUUCGCACGUGCGGAGGAGUCGAGAGGUACGAGAAGCGCGCGGUCGGAAUCAUCCACGAGCUCCUGACCUUGACCGAGGAGAAGAUGAUGGACAUGGAGAGAUUGGCGCAUUUUAGAAAGGAUCUCGGGAUUGUGGUUAACGUGCGCGAGCUCCUUUUGAAGCAUCCCGGGAUUUUCUACUUGGCUACUAAAGGCAAGAGUCAAAUUGUGUUUCUUAGAGAAGCUUACAAGGGAGAUUGUUUGGUUGAGGCAAAUGCAGUUUAUGAUGUUCGAAGACGGAUGUUGGAGCUUAUGUUGUUGGGUUGUCGUAAUACGACGAAAUUGAAAGAUGAAGAUGAAGACAGAGAAGCCGAAUGGCGCGGAGAUGAUGAAGUUGUUCAUCAGAAUCAGAAUGGAAGAACACCUGCGAAAGAUGGUGAUUUUGUCAUUCCCAUCUUGCAGAAUUACUUCAAAUGAAGAUGUGAUUCCACCUGGUCGAGUGGAAGAGUUGCACUUUCACGCUCAGCCGAGUCUCUGAAUGAGAAAUGUGCAGAGAGUUUCACUUGGCCGAGUAACGUGCCACCACAUUUCUCUCUGCCCGAGUCCCGAGACAGCGAUCUUCCUAUCAGCCGAGUGAUGUGACAUCUCUGGCCACUUGGUCGAGUGGGAGAGUUGCACUGUUACACUCUGGCUGAGUCUCUGAACGGGAAUUGUCGAGGGAGUUUCACUUGGCUGAGAGACGCGCCACCACAUUCCACUCGGCCGAGCCCCGUGACGAUGAUCUGUCUAGAGGCCGAGUGGUGCGUCUUUCCCUUUCCACUUGACCGAGUCUAGAUUCUGCUUCGUAUCUCUCCAGACCACGCCACUCGGCCGAGUGGCAGAGACGUUUUUCGUGGUUAUAUGUUUGAUUCGAAAUUAAAAUGGUUGGCUAAUUCUCUUUUAUUGCUCCUAGUAUGGAGAAGAUCUGAACUAUUGUUGAAAUCUAUGAAUUUUCUGGUCUAA